AUGGUGAGCUCCAGACUCUGGGAGGUAUGCUUCGAAAACUUCCGUGAUCCUCUUCACCUGUAUGACAGAUAUUUCAAGGGUUGUAGGUGGAUCUUUGAUGAAGAGUACCAUGUCAUCAGUGACAUCAUCCUGCCACCUUUCUUUGUGGCAGUCCAGUGGUUCUUCACCUUCAGCUUUGUAUUCCAUUUGGUGGCAUGCAUUGUUCUAGUCAUGCUGCAGACUUGCUGCACUCCACAAAAGGAACGUGUCACGCUCAGGUCCCUGGCUGGCAUUCUCUUCUUUGCAGCUUUUUGUGGAACAAUCUCCUUGAUCACAUUUGGAGCAGAAGGUGAUUCCCAAUACUGGAUGCCUGACUGGAAACACAACCAUCUGAGCUGGUCUUUUGCCUGUGGGUUUUUGGGUGUUUUUGUCCAAUAUGUGGUUGCCAUCUUAUGCUUAGUUGAAGCAAGGCAGCAGAUCAAGAAGGCAAAGCGACAUCCACAGAUUGUGUACAGUGUAGAGGGAGGUGGGAAAAUGUGAAGCCCUUCUUCUCAGAAUCAAUAGUUUCACCUUUCCAUCCAGAAAGCUCCAUCCAUUAUCUUCCCCCUGUGAUUACCUCAUAUCUUUGUGCAAAGACACUCACAUGGAUCUGUUCCUUUUCAUUCUUAUUUCUGCAUCCAUUUUACUUUCUCAGUAGUUAUAGUUUUUACUUUUAUGGUACAUGCAUUUUGAUACCAGUGCUAUGAGUGGAAGAAAGACAUUCACUUGCAAGGCCAUGUAUGUCAUUGCAGGAUAGUGACCAUUUUCUUAGUUCUCGCUAUGUGAUCUCAUUUUUUAAGUCUCAAUGUUGUGCAGACCAUCUCAUGAAACAUUUUCCGUCCAGCUUUUUUUUUUUGCUUUCUUGACUGCCAUA